AUGGCGGCGGUAUCACCCUCAUCGUCACCACGCCUGCCAUCUCCACCUCCAAUCGCAGAAGACCAGAUUGGACCAACAUCGCCAGGCAUUUCACUGUUCGAGGACAACAACAAGCUGCCUGGACUACACAGCCUGGAUGCCGCCGCGUCGAGGAGGAUACGGCCUGGUACCAAGGCGGAAGACAUGGCUGAAGGACCGCCUCUCGUAGAAUUACAAGAGAUCGACUCAGCCUUCCAACUGACCGAGCACCUCAAAGCACUACACUACGCCCACACCCAUCCCGCCGAUUCCAACGAACUCCAACCCAUCACUCAAGAUCUCGCCCGCCAAUUAGCCCAACCGCCCGCCAACACAUCGAAAGAGAUCUGGCUGUACGAGCUUGGUCGAUUCCUCAUCCAGAAGACCAACGCGAUCAUCGUCGCCCUGUUUGCCGAUAGCCCUGCCUGCAGCCCACAGACCUGCCCGGAGAUGCGAGCCGGCGAGUGGCAGUACUUGUGUGCUGUCCACGAUCCACCUAAGAGUUGCUCGGCGAUAGACUAUUGCUGCCACACCCUGGACUGGGCGGCUACAUCUUUGACUAGUAGCAAGAUGUUCCCGUCACGGCUGGGUUUGGGACUGGGGUCGGGGAACGAAAAGUUCAUGCAGCAGCAAAUGAAGGAGAUCACAAACAUCUUCAGGCGUGUGUACCGCAUCUACGCUCACGCUUGGUUCCAGCAUCGCGAUAUGUUCUGGAAGGUCGAGCGGUUGACGGGACUGUACAUCUUCUUCAAGACGGUCUGUGACGAGUAUAAUCUCAUCCAACCAGAGAAUUACACCAUUCCUUCAGAGGCUGAGGGUCUGGAGCCGGCGGAGAGCUCGGAGAAGGAGGAGGACCAAAUAGACCGGCCGCGACCCACGAGUAUCCUACCACGUCCUGGUGAGCAUGGUCAAGAGAAGGCACUCCAGCAAGAGCCGGCGGGAAGUCAGGUGCAGAGCCAAGGCAACACGACGAGGCGUCACACGCGCGAGCCGAGCAACAUGUCGGUGACGAAUCCCAUCCAGGAAGAGGCAGAAGAGGAAGAUGAGAAUGCUUUGCCCAAGCGUACGUUAGACCGAUCGGUGACAGUCCUACAUGAUCCAGAGGAGAAGCAAAAGGAUGAAGAAAGUGAGGAGGCCGUAGAUGAAGACACUUCUUUGCCAGUCGUUACUCGGUCCAACACCAUCAAGGCGGAGGACCAGGUGGACAGUACUGAGGAGGGCGAGACAACGGUCAUUCACACGGAGGAAGAGUCGCAGGCAGAGGUGGAGCCCAAGGAGGAACAAUCGGACGUGCAGGUUAGUGUGAAGGCACUGGACGAUCCGGAGGAGUCUGCAGCUGGCGAUGCUGAAGAGGCUGGCAAGAGCGUUGCAGACUGA